GGCACGAGCGGCGGCGAGCGGGACGCGGGCCAUGCGCCCUCGCCUGUGGCUGGGCCUAGCGUGGCUGCUGCUGGCACGGGCGCCCAGCGCCGCGGGGACCCCAAGCUGUCCGCGGAGGCCGCGCAGCUACCCACACCUGGAGGGCGACGUGCGCUGGCGGCGCCUCUUCUCCUCCACCCACUUUUUCCUGUGCGUGGACCCCAGCGGUCGAGUGCAGGGCACCCGCUGGCGCCACAGCCCUGACAGUAUUAUUGAGAUUCGCUCCGUCCAGGUGGGUGUCGUGGCCCUCAAGGCUGUACACACCGGCUUCUACGUGGCCAUGAACCGCCGGGGCCACCUCUACGGGUCGCGUGUCUACACCGUGCACUGCAGGUUCCGGGAGCGCAUCGAGGAGAAUGGCUUCAACACCUAUGCCUCACUCCGCUGGCGCAGCCGUGGCCGGCCCAUGUUCCUGGCGCUGGACAGGCGGGGCACCCCGCGGUGGGGAGGCCGGACUCACCAGCACCACCUGUCCACCCACUUCCUGCCGGUACUGGUUUCUUGACGUCCCAAGGGGCUGCGAGGAAAGGCUGGAUGGAGAUUCUGGAUGCCGCCAGGACCAGGCGGGCGGCCAGGAGCUGGGGGCUGGGGGCGGCCCCGGCGACGGCAGCCCCUCCGUCUGGUCUCUGGCUCGUUUCACAAGUGUUGAGUGCCUUCUGCGUGUGGGGCCCUGGGGUCAAGCCGGGACACCCCCAGACAUGGCCUGGCACUCGGAGAGCUCCCAUCUGAGUGUGUGUCCACACUGGGCUGAACCGAGGCCCACCCGGCUGGCGACUGGAGG